UUAUCAAAGUCACAAUAUAGAGGAGGAUCGACGAAAGUAGUAUCGUUGCCAUGGCAAGAAGCUAAAAACAACCUUCGUGUCGUUUUUUGGUUGCUUAGCAACAAUCGAGUAGACCUGAAAUGAGAGAGUAGCCUAUGUGAUUUGAUGUCUUUCAAACAGCUCCUAGCGGUGGAUGGAGCAGCUGGACAGACUGGGGUCCCUGUGACAAGGGGUGCACCAUGAUUCGCGAAAGGUUCUGUGCAUCAACAAACAGGGAAAAAUGUCCCGGGGUGGACCCUGACGGGAUACAGACGGACAAAAAACACUGUGAUAGUGAGGAGUGUAAUGUCCCCUUAAACGGCCACUGGGGUCGGUGGGCAGCCUGGAGCGCCUGCAGUAAAACCUGUGGUAAAGGCUACCAAACAAGAUCCCGGAUGUGUGACGACCCUCCGCCUGAGUUUGACGGCAAUAUAUGCGAAGGAUCGCUUGUUGAUGUGCAGAUGUGCAAAGGAAACAGACCCAAAUGCAAGUGCUCCAAUAAAGUUACAGGAACAAGUAAGUUGUCACUUCCAUUGGAGUUUUGUUACAGGAGUGCUGUCUUUCCCCAAAAUUGGCCAUUGUUGAAGUCAAUGGAGGGAACAUUAACUCCGUUUAAAGAACUAACUCGUGAAAGGGGGUUAAUGCCUCAUGAGAGUAACGCGAAUGACUAAAAUUCGCAGGAUUUUUUUAAAAUUAAUUCUUCUUUAAGUAGUUCUCACUUGGGUUUCGAAAGAAGUUCGAAUUUGCUUUGCUUAAGCAUCACUACGCCACGCAAUUCGCGUAAAAACUCGCGCAACUUUUUCAACCAAUCAGGAUUAAAGCCAAGACCAAACGUGACUGGCUCG